UGUCAUUGGUUUACUGUUCAGUGUUCAGCGGUGACUAUGAAGGAACAUGAGGUGUCCUCUAAUGUCAUACUUCUGCUGUGAAUUCAUAAGAGAAUAUAAUAACCGGCUGAUUUUUACAGAUGAACACAGUACACUUUGAAGAGCACUUAAGAAAGACUGUGGUUGUGGAUCUGAUCAGGAAUGGUGGGGUAUGAUCCAAACUCCCCCGGUGAUGCUCACACCCCAGAGGAAGCUGCUCUGGCCGGGUCAGCGGCGGGUAUGGUCACCCGUGCCAUCAUCAGCCCCCUGGACGUCAUCAAAAUUAGAUUUCAAUUGCAGAUUGAGCAGGUGUCCUUUAAGAAUCGUCGGGGGAAGUACUGGGGUGUAUGGCAGGCCACACGUUGUAUUCUGACUGAAGAAGGACUUCCUGCUUUCUGGAAAGGUCACGUUCCUGCCCAGCUGCUGUCCGUGUGUUAUGGGGCAGUUCAGUUUGCAAGUUUCGAGGCCCUGACAGAGCUGGUUCAUAAGAAGACUGCCUAUAACAGCCAGACAGCAGGAGUUCAUUUUCUCUGUGGCGGUUUGGCUGCCUGCUCCGCCACCAUGGCCUGCCAGCCGCUGGAUACUCUACGCACACGCUUUGCUGCUCAGGGCGAACCCAAGAUAUAUCGUAACCUCAGACAUGCUGUGGCCAUGAUGUACCACUCAGAGGGGCCCCUUGCCUUCUACAGGGGCCUCACACCCACUCUAGUGGCAGUGUUUCCAUACGCAGGCCUGCAGUUCUUCUUUUAUAACGUCCUAAAGAAACUAAUGCAGCCCCAGGAAACUAAAUCUAAAGGAAGUUUACAGAGUCUGAUCAGCGGUAGUUUUGCUGGAGUCAUCAGUAAAACUCUCACGUAUCCUUUCGACCUGUUUAAAAAGAGACUUCAAGUGGGUGGAUUUGAAGAGGCCAGGUUACAGUUUGGACAGGUGCGGACGUACCAUGGAUUUGUAGACUGUGUGGUAAAGAUAGCCAGAGAAGAGGGACUAAAGGGUUUCUUUAAGGGUCUUUCGCCCAGUCUCUUGAAGGCAGCUUUGUCCACUGGCUUCACCUUCUUCUGGUACGAAUUAUUCAUCAAUACCAUCGUCAGCCUCAAGGGGAGCCAGUGAGACUGGUAGCCUAUCUGAUUCAUUAGGACGACUUAAGGCCAAAGUAUACUUCGGGUGUGCUCGUUGCGGAUCCCUCUGCGUGCAGUAUGUGUGACACAAAUUGCGUCUCAGCCGCCUAGAUUUUCUUGACUCGCGCACGCGGUCCUCGUCUGUGCUGGCCAUUGACUAUACUAAAAGGGCGAUUUCCAAACGACAUUUUUGUGCCCUUGAAGGGCACUUUGGGAAGGGGGCGCCACUCAAAGUGUUGUUCCAAACAAAAAUAAGAAAGUACAUUUUUUCACAAAGGGCCCUUUUACAAGACUUGUAGUGAAGGGUAUAUUCAAACUGUAGUGCCACGCUCUCUUCAGAGUACCCACAUCAAGAGCUUUGUCCUCUGGAUUGAGUAGGGCAAAGGGAUGAUCACUUUUGAUUGGAAUUUGCCUAAAGCAGUUGCAGUGCGCAUGCGUCGAACACGUUCCUAUUCGUUCGCUGUCAGAAAAGUAUACUCACAAAGGCAACGCGGUCGACCUGGCGCCUGGCGAUCCGGAACGCACAAAAACGAAGUAUACCUGGGCCUAAGUCAGUGAGUAUGUACCUUUAUGUAUGUAAUAAGGCACUGAGUCAAGAGCUAUUUUACUGCACCAGAAAUAUAUUUUUACCUCUGUUUUACUCUAAGGAAGCCUUGAACUCAAAGGUUCGCCUGAAUUGUUCUCUCUUUACAUGUAACAGUGAGCUCUACCUCUUAUCGCUCGCAACUAGAUACUUUUAAAACAUUGUUACACAUGUUAAGAUUUUAACAUCUUGAUGUAAUGUCUGGGCGUUUUGGUUUUAAAGAAGUUUGCACUCCGUAUGAGGGUCUGAUUUAUUAUUUUUAUACAAAAAAACAAACAAAAAAAACACUGGAUGUCAGAAAGUUAUAACUUUGUUUUAUUGUUUUGUAUUUUAAAACCCAUACAACCUGUAAAGCACAUGAAACAUUACAGUCUGGUUUCUUUUACAAAUUGUUUAUUAUUCUUUUAUGUCAUUGUAAAAAAAAAAUGUAGAUGGUCAUUUGGUGUUUUAUGACUUUAAAUUUUGGUAACACCUUACAGUAAGGUUCUACAUGUUAACAAAAUGCAUUAGGUAUCAUGAACUAACAAUGAAAAAUAAAUUUUACAGCCAUUCUUAAGCUAGCUUAAAUAAAUGUUUAUUUGGUAAAUAUACUGGUGUUCAUUGAUAGUUCAUAUUAGUACAUAAUGCAUGAACUAAAAUGUAAUGUUGUAACAUGUUAUGCAUAGUAUAUAUUGAAAUUAACAUUAACAAAAAUUAAUAAAUGUUGCAAAAGUAUUUUCCACUAUUGUGUUCUGCUAAUAUUUAUGUUUGUCCUUAUUGUUAAUGUAUACAACCUUAUUCUAAAGUGUUACCAACAUUUUUUAUUAGAUAAACCAAUUUAUUUGUGUCAGGAUCUACUCAUGUUUUAUGUAUCUCCAUCUCUACCAUCUUGUUUGAACCUGCAUGUUAACUGCUAUAUUUAUGCCCAUAUUUAUGUUUUGAUUUUAAUUCCUUUCCAACAUUAGUAAAAACAAACUCUCAUCUGUA